GAUCACCACAUCGGAUUGCAAAAUGAAGAUAGCAGUAUGUUUGGUGUUAGUGGCGUAUGCCUUGGCAGAGCCACCUGUUGACAACAGAUACCUCCCCCCUCAAGCGGGAUACUCUGAGCGUCUGGCAGCGUCUCCUGACUACCGCGCACCAGAGUAUGGCAACAGGCAGGGUGCACCUGGCCGAAGACCAUCAACAUCCUACGGUGCUCCGCGACCACAGAACAACUACCUCCCACCAAACCGUCGCCAGAGACCCACCAGCAGCUACCUACCGCCUUCCAGCCAAAGACCAAACCGGCCAGCCCCAGAAUAUGGUCCUCCUAGCCGUCCAUCUAACUUCGCGCCAAGACCUGCCACAGAGUAUGGAGCUCCAGCUCAGUAUGACAGACCGGCGCAAGAGUACGGACCGCCGGAGUUUGGCAGAGCCAGCCCAGACAUAACCACAGCGGAGUUCGGUCAGAGUCAGACCAGACAGUAUCUGCCGCCGGGCCGCGGAAGAGGCACAGGCGCGGGCGUCGAGUAUGACGAUGGAAGUAAUGGGGAACCAGCAAACUACAGUUUCGAGUACAUGGUGAAAGACGAGGAAUCUGGCAAUGACUUUGGACACCGUGAGUCGCGACAGGGAGACAGGGCAGAGGGACUGUAUUAUGUUCUGUUGCCUGAUGGACGAAAACAGACAGUGGAAUACGAGGCUGACCAAGACGGCUACCGACCACGGGUUUCCUACGAGGACACUGGUGUCAGGACAGACAGCCGCAACGGAGGUAGAGGACGGGGGUACGAACAGUAUACGAGUGGUGGAUAUUAGAAAGGAGAAAUACUAACAAAAAGAUCUAUGUUUUAUACAGGGUGUAACUA